AUGACGAUUUACACCUGCUCCAAUUGCCAAUACGAAAGUCCACGUCGAUUCAACGUGAUACGUCAUAGGGAGAGAAUUCAUGUCAAGAAGAGAGUUCACAACUGUUGUGGAAUAAUAUUCUACACAAAAGGAGACUACUACCUGCACUGCGAACAAAGACAUCCAGAAACACGCUCGAAUGCAGUUUUGUCAAAGACAAAAUACAAAAUCACCAGCAAUUCGGAUACAUUGAACAACGAAAAACAUAUCCAGCGAUUAUACCGUAGUUCCGAUGGAACAUGCUCCUACAAAUGGGAAUUAAAGAAACGGUACUCUCAGAGGAUUCGCAUGAAGCAGGACAGACAAGAGGCGUCCGAAAUGAGCGUGAAGUAUUCGGUCACUUACAGCGAUUUCGAAAUCGAAGACAUACCGUUAAUAAGUUUCCUCACCGAUCGGCAGUUGAAAUCUCACCUGAAAAGUGUAUCAUCGCAAAAGUUGAAAAACAAAACACAUGAGAAAUCUGCAGAGAAGGCGAACGAGACUAUGAAGAUCGCGAUCAAGUCGGGGGAGAACAUCGAAAAGGUGGUGUUGCAAAAUGACGAAGAAAACAUCCAUGCAAAAGUGUUAUCCGAUUCCACUGUAUCCUCUAUCUCGGUCGAGCUACCAACCAAGAAGCUUAUUUUGAAGCGAUUUAGGACCAGCAUCAGGCACGAAUUCGAGAUUCCAUUACGGGAACGAAAUAAUAACAUCUGCGGCCAAGUGAAUUUCACCACAGAGAGCAAAGAGUCGCGGCCUGUGCACCAAAGCUUGUUGAAAAAUUCAAAGUGGCGGGCGAAUAAAGAGAACGUGUCGGCGUUUGCGUUCAGUUUGGAGCAGGAGCUAAAUGUUAAGUUGGACACUGGGAUCACGGUGCCGGUGGUCACGCAACGGCAUCGGGAAUUUUUGGCAGCUAUUGACUUCGAUGCGUACAGGAUAUUUUAA